AUGGUGGCAACGGCCUUUUUCCUAACUCAGCGCUUUGCCAGGGAUGUCUCUCACCUGGCAGGCCGCGUUUUGCCCUCUGACGUCGAUCAGGACAAAAUCACCAAGACUUUCUUCAAGCGAUUGCCUACAAUGCUCACACUCGCUCUCGGCGGACGACCUAGUCCAAUCAACCUUGUGCGUCACCGGUCCUUACUGUCUAUUAGGCUGGCUUUAGACGACCUUGCCGCCUUUGAAAGACUUUGGCACACCAAUCCCACGCCUCACCGCCAGCCGCGCCCAGCAAGGCCGUCUUCGCUCAGAGAGAACAAAAUGCCAGACAUUCGUGCCACAGGUGCAGAAGUUGCCGCACUCACAUUGGGUACCGAGCAAUCGGGCGUCGGAUCUCUUAAACGCUUUCUUGGUUCGACGCCUAACACCAAGUCUCUCGUCUGUAUCCAGACACAGCUCCUCCAGUACUGGAAAAUACCGUUGUGGCAUGCGAGGCCACUUUCGCGUGCAGCUGUCUAG